UUCUGGGAACACCGAUACGUCAGUAUAGAUGAAACUGUGGCUGGUGUAGUGAUUAUAGUAAAGUGGUCGUGGGCUCUGUGGAGUGAGACGACCGCUUAGACGCGUGUUUUUUUCUUUUUUUUUUCUUGGAUGCCCCAUAUAGUGGUAACUGUGGAAGAAAUCUCUCCAGGCCGGUGAAAGCGACUUGACAUAGUCAUACGGGGGUUGCCAUUUUGAAUUUGUUUCUGAGAUAGAACUUGCACAGCUUUUGAGGAUGUUUUGUGGCUGAAGUGGCUGAAUGAGUUAGCGGAGCUUGUUCAGCACUGCAUAAAGGCAUCUCUCGGCGUGAAUGCGUACUGGCUAGUAAAGUUUCCUCGGUGUCAGACGCCCGCGGAAGGCCUAAAGCGAUGCCUAGACCAGUCCGAUGAAGUCGCUUGAGGCGCUGCAAGUUGGGGGGGGGGGCGGAGGAGCCAAUAAAGGGAAGAGCGUACUUGAUGUGGCUUAGUAUGAGGGCUUUGUAAAAAGGAAAAGCUGAGGGACCGCGCAAAGAAUUGACCAACUUUCAUAACGUAUUGCCUUCCGCUGUGUGCCGUACCAGGUAGAAGAAGAAGAAGAUCCGCAUUCUGUGAGUGCAUCUCGAAUGUGUAUGCUUACCGUGUAAUCACACGAGCAACAUCCUCACGGAAUAUUCUAAUGGAAGAAAAAUCAAAACCACUGCUCACAGAGGCAAAGUUCCACUCUCUGUUAUGUGAGCAUUCACACGGUGCAGAAUAUCGGCCAUGGCGUACUGCGCAUUUAGCAGACGACACUUUUAGCAGACGACACCGUCAGGGUGUUUUCCUGUCGUCUGCUACGGAGUAUCUUGUGGCUGUGUAGCAGGAUAUUCCCCACGGUUAGAAGUGUACGUGAAGACAGUGUACGUUGAACGCUCGUGCUCACGUGACAGCAGGAAGCUAUGACGGUUUUCGCAUCUUCCGCUUCUGGGGGAAUGUCGCUCGUGUGUCCACACGGUUAGUGGUGGAAGAAGAAGAAGGAGAAGAAUGUGAAAGGACGUUCUACGAAGGGUCAUGGCUGAUUUCGGAGCUUGCGAAGCUUUCCAGUACAGGGAAGUUAGUAUGUGGGAAGAGAAACGCUCAUCCACAAAGGUACAGGAUUUGGAAAACUCUGAACAAGCCUGCAGGAAAACCUAUGCGUUGCUGACAUUGGUUCUGCUAAUGAGCCUCAUCACGAGCAUGGCUGCUGCUGUCUGGGUUUUCACAAAAAGUAAACAACGACAAUCGCACGGCAGUCAAGACGAGACACCUCCAGCUCCUCAACGCAUCUUGCUGCCGAAACUCUCGCCCAGGCCACAGCCUCCUCAUGAUGACUACGAAGGUGACCCAUACGACCUCGAGAUGACACCGACAGCAAGUGAGACCACGUCGUCGGUGAACGUUUGCGACACGAACGAUUGUCGUAAGGUCCGUAAGUUCAUCGAAGCCAUUGUGGACACGACGAGGGACCCUUGUGAGGACUUCUUCGCGUUCGUCUGCGGUAACUACAAACAGCCUGCAGGAAUGGACGUGGACAACACCGGUCAAGAUCUAAGUGCAACUAGCCUGAUCCCUGUCAUAGUGAAAAGCUUGGAGACCGAACACGUUCCCACUAGCGGGCAGACGGGAUUUCAAAAGUCUGCAGCGCUGUACAAACACUGCAAGGAAGCUGACAGUAGAGUAUCUGCAGCCACUGCGAGAAAUUUCUUGGCAGGUCACAAGAUGGACGUGAGGAAGAACAUGGCGUUUGAUCUCUUGCACACUUUGGUCGAAUUUAUAUUUGAGAUAAACAUUCCUUUAAUAUUUCGCUUUGAACCAAUGGAGGAAGGCUGCCCAAACUUUGCAUUCCGACUAGACUCCGAAGCGAUGUCAAAAAGUACUGACAUUAGAACAGUUCUGUCUGCAAUAUACUCCGCACAUGUCGGCGAAAAGAUAGUGCAUAGUAUCACGCAUGUAGAGAACAAGAUUAUUGAAGUCAGCGAACUGUCACGAAGAAAUGUCGGCCGAACGUCAGACGGCUACGACACCUUUGUGGUGCUUGACCUGUGGGAACUGGGCGUGAAAGACAAUGGCGACGCACUUGCUAAAGAAUGGACCGCAGCUCUCCAACACUACGCGUCAUCCCGUUUGCUGCUGAAGAGGAAGGUAAACGUGUCACGGACCGACGUCGAAUUUUUUCAUCGCUUAUUCGGAAAGGAAAAGAAUGUGCCAGAAGACGAACUUAGGUUAUUCUUCGCUUGGCGAUGUAUCCACUACCUUUAUGACGUUUCAUUUGUGAAGAGUCAGGAUUGCUUCUCCGCCACUUUCGACGUCUUUCCCGACGCGGCGAUUUCUUCGGCGCUCUUUCACGCACUUAACGAAGAGCGCAUUAGUGCCACUAGAGAGAUGACUGAAGCGAUCGUCGGCGAGAUUAAAGAAUCUUUCAGAACCACCGCUUGGAUGGACCACGAAACACGCACCGGAGCCUUGCGGAAGAUAUCCAUGCUCAGGAUCCGCCUGGGAUUCGCGCCUAAGCUGAACACCACCGAGAAAAUCGACGAAUUUUACAGAGACCUCCCCGACCAGAAUGGGCCCUUUCUUUCGGACUACUUAGAAGUGAAUGCAUUUCAGACUAGAAAGUACUGGGAAGGUGUGGUGCACGGCUACUCGGACUAUUUCUACGAAGCUGCGACUCCUCAACCGCUGUUCCAAUCCAACGCUUAUUAUUCUCCCCAGCUGAACAGCGUUACUAUCCUUCCUUCCAGGCUAUUGAGACCGUACUUCAGCGUGGGUGGCCCUCCCGAGAUAAACUACGGCGGACUGGGAUCUACAGUGGCGCAUGAGAUCAUGCACGGCUUUGACCUGAACGGCCGUCAGUACGACGGCAACGGAACCCUCUCCUCAUGGUUCACGCGCAAUAGUGCGGAGGAGCUCGAUAUUCUAGAACGGUGUUACAUGGAACACAUCAUCAACAACGCUCCGAAAGCCAGAUCCUAUGUUCAGCACCUAUACGAGUACCAGGCCGACGUCCUCGGCACUGGCUCCCUCUUGAGGGCAUACCAGAAGGCUGCAAGAAGGUCUAAGGUGUAUCUCGGCAAUGUGAGGGGCCUGACGAGGGAUCAGAUUUUCUACGUGGCGAAUUGUAUUCAGUGGUGCGAAGGCAAGUCUGAUAUUGGUGAUCAACUGAACGCAACUCAUCCACAAGGAGAUGACAGAUGCAAUGUUCCACUCAUGAACUCUGUGCACUUCAGUGAAACAUUCUCUUGCCGCAAUGGCAAACCCAUGAAUCCACCAAAGAAGUGUCCCUUCUGGUAAUCUGCACAUUCGAAAUGUCCGCAAACGUACAUGAUAAACCUUAUUUCAUUGACGAACCAACAAUAUGAUGAAUGUUUUCAUUUGUCAUCAACUGUUUUCAUUUGUAACUUUGUGCAUGGGAAAGUCCAACUUCUCAUACGAUAAUUAGGUGCAAGUACCUUGGAUGGGGCCAAAAA